AUGUCUCUCGCAAGUCUCCUUAAGGCAGUGAUCAUCGGGGCGGCAUUGGUAACGCUGUCGACGGGUCAUGCAGUCAGGCACAAAAGGCAGCCACGCAUUAUGUGUCUGUGGGACCAAGUCCGGCCGCGCGUGAGUUCGCCAAAGGACUUGUGUGAACAGAAUCCCGACUCUCAACGCAUUCUUGUGGGAGUCACGCACAAGUCCCUUUGUCAAGAGGAUAUUCAGAGAUUAAAGGCUGGAGUGUCAAAUAUAGAUCCCUUGGAGCAAGCGAACAAGAGGUGUUGCAGGAACCCGAGGAGCAGCUGUUCUAUAGACGAAUGGAAGGACGUGGCAAUGUAUCGCUUAAUUAUUGUUUUCUUUUCUCAUAUGGGUUAGGCAUUCAGGCCUUUCGAAUAUUAUCUUCUUGGGAAUCUAUAUAUAUCUUUUUUCUUCUAAUUUAUAGAGCUGUUUGUGUGUCAUUUUUCGGUGAAUAGUAUGGCUACACAUACUUAUUUUGGUUUACUCAUGUUAGAGAUCCAGUACACUUUCACUAGACUUGGAUGACUUACGUUGGAGUUUCGACACUUUUUGUUGUAGAUUGAGUACAGAUACUUUUUUUCUUUUUUCUUUUUUUUUAGAUCUAGAAUAUACACGUAGCCUGGUAUGACUGUUUAGUAGAUAUGAAUGCACAUC